AAAAAGAAAAAUUUGACUGAAAAUACAAGAUUUGACUGUAAACAAAGGUCAUUGCAAUCCAUCAACGAAAGAGUUGUAAGAGUCCAAUUGAAUAAUCAGAGAGAGGGAAGAUGACGGUGUCGUUCUACUCAGUGUCGAAUGUGGUUGGGUACAAGCAACAUUUGCCAACUCAAGUUAUAACCUUACCUUUGCAGUAUUCACCAACCGCAACAACAACAACAUCAACAAAGACAGAGAUAAUACCGAGUGAAGAGUUCCACAAUAAGUUAUCCAACACUGGUAACAUCAUCAACUUAUCUCAUACUAAAUCAUACAUUGAUCAUAUUUCUUAUGAUUUAUUGAAUGAUUCAAAGACAAUCACAUUAACUCCUAUCAAUUCAAAGCCUAAUAACUUUGAUUUUAAAUUUCAAAACAUAUCUAUACAAUUACCUCAUUCCAUCAUAUCUCCUAAAUGUCUCUGUAUAACAUUGAAUCAAGAUGGACAAGAUGAUGGGAAUUCUCAUUUGAUCAUUGAUUUGAUUGAUGAAAGUUAUUUGUUCAUAACUUUAAGAAUAGCAUUAGAUGAUUUCAUCAUUACUGAAUCAUCAAAGUUUAAAUUCUUAUUGAAUAACUUUAAGAAAUGGGGUAAUAUAUCAGUGCCAUAUUCAUUUGAAUUAAGAUCUAAUCCAUAUCUAUUGAAGAGUAUCGAUUCUUCAAAUUUAAUUGUUUCAUUAAAAGAUGGUGGAUUAUUACAUUUUAAGAGAAAUGGGUCCAAAUCGAUUUUAUCUGAUUUUGAAGUGUAUAACUUUACUGAAUCAGUAUCAAUGUUACCAUUGAAUAUCUUUGGUGGUUUAUUUGGUGGUGAUAAGAAUAAAAAGAGUGAUGUAAGAAAAGAAAUUACUUUAGCUGGUAUUUCAUCUAACUCGAUUGUGGAUACCAUUAAAUUAAGUUCAUCAGUUAUCGCAACAUUAACAGUAUCUAAGACUGUUAAACUAUGGUCAUUAAAGAAUCAUCAAUUAAUUAAUGAUUCUAUCAUUCAUUUAACUGAGAUUCAAGAUAUAUCAUCUUGGUUAACAUCAAUUCCAACUAAAUAUUUACAAGUUUUAUCAAAUCAAAACGACGAUCAAUCAUUAUUAUUAACGUUAUAUUACACUACUAAUUCUGAUAAAGAAAUCGAAUCUGAUAACAAAAGUAGAUUUGUAUUUAAAUCAUGGAACUUUAAUGUUGAUAAUACCGAUUUAAAUACGGUUGAACCACUUUCAUUCCAACCUGAACUUCCAAGUUCUCUUUUAAACAAUAAUAACAAUAAUCUUUGGUUCAUUCAAGAUUAUCAAACACAAUUCAUCAAUGAUCAAGUCAAGUAUCACGUCUUAUGGAAAUCAAAUACUUCCUCAGUAUUUGUCACUUAUAUAAUCAAUCUGAUUUCAGGGGCAGUUUCAUCUAUAAAUUGGUCAAAUGAUAGUGAAGAUAAAGCAUUUCAAGAAUUUUCACCUAUCCAUACCAAUGACUAUUAUUCAAAUAUGAUUUUAAACUCAGGUCGUUAUGAUUUACUUACAGUAUCUACUUCAUUGAACUUGGUCAGAAAUCAUCUUGGAUUGGAAUUCAUUGAUUUUAAUAAUCAUAAUCAUUCCAUAAGACAAUUAAUCAAUGAUACGUUCAAUAAUGCAAAGAAGAACAUUCAAGAUCAUAAAUUUUACUGGUUUCAAUUGGCUUUAUUAUGUGAAGAAUUUAAAAAAUCAAGUGAAGAAGCAUUAAGUUUAAGUUUAACUAAAGAAGAUAAUAAUUAUUUAGUCUUGCAAGUCAAUGGUUUGGGAUUAAUUAGACCAUCGCAUUACUAUGAAAGUUUCCAAUUUGAAUCUCCUGAAACUCCUGAAGGUCAAUUAGUGGAAAUCCUAACACAAUUGAAUAAAUUAAUAUCAAUUAAAACCUAUACCAAGAUUCAAAAUAGAAUUAAAAAUAUCACAACUAUAACAGAAACUGAAAUUGAAGAGUUUGAUGGAUACAUUGGUAGUAAACUUUCACAAUCUGAAGUAGUCAAUUUAAUGGAAAAAUUAGCCAGUAUUCCAAAAGUCAUUGAUUUAAUUAAUUUAUUAAUUGAUGGAUCAUUAGAAGAUUUUGAAAAUAUUGAUACUAAUGCAUUGAACUAUAAUUACAAGGACUCCAAUCAUUUAUCCAUCAUCAAGAGAUUAUUUACAAUCAUUUCGUUUAAAAACAUUAAGAAUGAACAUGAGAUAAUCUUAUUGAAUUUAUUAAUCUUAUUCAUAAUUUGUGAUACCAAUGAUGAAAUUUUAGUCCUCUUGAAUAAAAUCAUCAAGAAAUUAAAAUCAUAUAACUUGAUUGAAUUCAUAUUUGAUACAAGUUUCAGUUCUACCAGUACAUCUCUUGAAACCAAUGAUUUAAAUUCUAUUGAAAAUUCAUUAUUUUGGUCUGGUAUUGUUGAUAAAGAUGUGAAAUUGAAUUCUUUAAUUUCUACCAAAUCCACUUUUAAUGAAAGUUUUGAUUAUUAUUUCGGUCAAUUAUUUACUGAAAACAAUGAAGAGAUUAUGGUUGAUGUAAUUCUUGAUUUAUUGAAUAGAAACGAAGGGGCAUUUAUUAAACAAUCAUUCUUUAAACAAUUAAAGAUGUCCAGAAAUAUUGAUCGUUUCUUAAUUGGAUUGAUCUAUCUUAUUAAUAAUGAAGUGGAUGAAUUCUAUCAGAUCUUUAAAACAUUUGAAGCAUUUGAAUUUAAUAAGUUUGGAGCUAGAGAACAAGAUAAGAUUUAUAAAUCUUUGAGUAAAGUUGAUAAUAUUAAGUUAUUCUUAGAAUCAGUGUUCACUAAGGAAGAAGAAACCAACCAAACUUUAAAGAAAUCAAAUUAUUUCCAUUCUUUGUCAGAAUUAUCUAAAUCGCAAGCUAAUGUUUUGAAGUAUCAACAAAGUAGUAAAACCACUAAAGUUGAAACUGAUUUGAUUAAUGUGGCUAUUGAUUUUGAAAAAAUGGCGAUUGAAAAUCUCAAGACUGUUACUGAUCAAUUAUUACAUCAAAAUAGAUUAAAUGAAUACUAUAUCAACUUAUUUGAAUUAUCCUUAAUUAUUUCCAACUAUGAUCAAUGUUACGAAAGUUUGAAUAAUUUACAAAUUGAAUCAUCCAAAUAUCAAGAAUUAUUCAAGAGAUAUAUCAUCAAGUUAAUAACCAAUCAAUCUAUUUCCAAACUCUUCCCUUCAUCGACUAAUGAAAAUACAUUAUACGUCAAGAAUUAUUUACUCAUUGAUGAAAUAUUAAUCUCAUUGGCUAAUAAUGAAAGAUUACUUAGUAAUUCACUUAAAUUAUAUCAAUAUGUUUACUCAUGGAGAUUAUUUGGAUCCUCUAAGCAAUUAACCUACGAUCAAUUAAGUGAUAAGAGAGGAUCAAUCGAGGCAUUAUACUACUUUAUAUCUCGUUUCAAACAACAACAAUUAAUCAUUAAUUCCAAUGAAGAUGUCAAACAAUUCAAAUUAAAAGUAUUGGAAUUAUAUAUUAUAAUCAUUAAUUGUUUAAAGAGUUUUGAAGAUAAUGAUGAUAAAUGGUUACUUAAAGUGAAUCCGCAAUCAUCUAAAGAUAAUCAAAUCAUAACUUUGGAUGAAUUAAAGAUUGAAUAUUACGAAUGGUUAAGAGAAUUAGAAUUAGAAGUGAAUGUGAUUAUAUAGUUUUUUAGAAUUAUUUGCAUUAAAUACAUAUAUACAUACAUUAUAGACUUUGUACAUUAUUAACCGAUAUUAGCUUUUGAAUUUCCAGCACCUUUAGGAUUGUCAUCUUUCCAAUCAUCCCAAUUUCUUUCUUUGAUUUCCUCUUCUGAAU